GAGGGCGGGGCUGGAGCCGGGGCGGCCGCGCUCCCGCUCGCGCUGCGCAUUCUCUCCGGGCGGCGGCGCCCCCUGCGCAGCGCGAACAUGGCGCCCCCGAGCCGCAGGCAGCCGCGCCUCCUCCGCGCCCUGCUCGCCCCGCUGGCCCUGCUCGCGCUGCUGCCGCCACCGGCUCCGGGCGCGGCGGGGACGCAGACGCUGCCCGGCCGCACGCCCCGGGCCCAGGACCGCGGCUUCCUCGUGGUGCGGGCCGACCCGCGGGAGCUGCGGCCGCGGGCGCGCGGGGAGCCGCUGCGCAGGAGACGGAGCGCCGCGCUGCAGCCGGAGCCCAUCCAGGUGUACGGACAGGUUAGUCUGAAUGAUUCCCACAACCAGAUGGUGGUGCACUGGGCCGGAGAGAAGAGCAACGUGAUCGUGGCCUUGGCCCGAGACAGCCUGGCCGUGGCCCGCCCCCGGAGCAGCGACGUGUACGUGUCUUACGACUACGGGAAAUCAUUUCAGAAAAUCUCUGAGAAGCUGAACUUCGGUGCGGGAAACAGCAGCGAGGCGGUGAUCGCCCAGUUCUACCACAGCCCCGCUGACAACAGGCGGUACAUCUUCGCAGACGCCUACGCCCAGUACCUCUGGAUCACGUUCGACUUCUGCAACACCAUCCGAGGCUUUUCCAUCCCGUUCCGGGCCGCCGAUCUCCUCCUGCACAGCAAGGCCUCCGACCUCCUCCUGGGCUUCGACAGGUCUCACCCCAACAAGCAGCUGUGGAAGUCGGACGAUUUUGGCCAGACCUGGAUCCUGAUUCAGGAGCAUGUGAAGUCCUUUUCUUGGGGGAUUGAUCCCUACGACAAGCCAAACACCAUCUACGUGGAAAGGCACGAGCCCUCCGGGUACUCCACAGUUUUCCGAAGCACAGACUUCUUCCAGUCCCGGGAGAACCAGGAGGUGAUCCUGGAGGCAGUGAGAGACUUCCAGCUGCGGGACAAGUACAUGUUUGCCACCAAGGUGGUGCACCUCCCGGGCAGCCAGCAGCUGCCGUCCGUGCAGCUCUGGGUCUCCUUUGGCCGGAAGCCCAUGCGAGCAGCCCAGUUUGUCACCAGACAUCCCAUUAAUGAGUAUUACGUCGCAGACGCCUCCGAGGACCAGGUGUUUGUGUGUGUCAGCCACAGUGACAACCGCACUGACUUGUACAUCUCGGAGGCGGAGGGGCUGCGGUUUUCCCUGUCCCUGGAGAACGUGCUCUACUACAGCCCGGCUGGGGCCGGCAGUGACACGCUGGUCAGGUACUUUGCGAGUGAGCCGUUUGCUGACUUCCACCGCGUGGAAGGGCUGCAGGGCGUGUUCAUCGCCACCCUGGUGAACGGCUCCAUGAAGGAGGAGAACAUGAGAUCAGUCAUCACCUUUGACAAAGGGGGCACCUGGGAGUUUCUCCAGGCCCCGGCUGUCACGGGAUAUGGAGAAAAAAUCGAUUGCGAGCUGUCCCAGGGCUGUUCCCUGCACCUGGCCCAGCGGCUCAGCCAGCUGCUCAGCCUCCAGCUGCGGAGGAUGCCCAUCCUGUCCAAGGAGUCGGCUCCUGGUCUCAUUGUUGCCACCGGUUCGGUGGGAAAGAACUUGGCCAGCAAGAUGAGCGUGUACGUCUCCAGCAGUGCGGGCGCCCGGUGGCGAGAGGCGCUGCCCGGCCCUCACUACUACACCUGGGGAGACCACGGCGGCAUCCUCGUGGCCAUCGCCCAGGGCAUGGAAACCAACGAGCUGAAAUACAGCACCAACGAGGGGGAGACCUGGCAGACAUCCGUCUUCUACAGGAAGCCCGUGUUCGUGUACGGGCUGCUCACGGAGCCCGGCGAGAAGAGCACCGUCUUCACCAUCUUUGGCUCCGACACAGAGAAUGUGCACAGCUGGCUGAUCCUCCAGGUCAACGCCACCGACGCCCUGGGGGUCCCCUGCACCGAAAACGACUACAAGCUGUGGUCCCCGUCAGACGAGCGGGGCAGCCAGUGCCUGCUGGGCCACCGGACGGUCUUCAAGCGCCGGACGCCUCACGCCACGUGCUUCAACGGCGAGGACUUCGACAGGCCCGUGGUGGUGGCCAACUGCUCCUGCACCCGCGCCGACUACGAAUGUGACUUCGGCUUCAAGAUGAGUGAAGACCUGUUGUUAGAGGUUUGCGUGCCGGAUCCUGAGUUCUCUGAGAAGUCAUAUUCCCCUCCUGUGCCAUGCCCUGCGGGUUCCACUUACAGGAGAACGAGAGGCUAUCGGAAGAUUUCCGGGGACACGUGCAGUGGAGGAGAUGUCGAAGCGCGACUGGAGGGAGAGCUGGUCCCGUGCCCCGUGGCAGAGGAGAACGAGUUCAUCCUGUUUGCCACGCGCAAGUCCAUCCACCGCUAUGACCUGGCCUCGGGCGCCACCGAGCAGCUGCCGCUCUCCGGCCUGCGGGCCGCCGUCGCCCUGGACUUCGACUACGCGCGCAACUGCUUGUACUGGUCCGACCUGGCCUUGGACCUCAUCCAGCGCCUGUGUCUGAACGGGAGCACCGGGCAGGAGGUGAUCAUCAGCUCCGGCCUGGAGACCGUGGAGGCCUUGGCCUUCGACCCGCUCGGCCAGCUGCUGUACUGGGUGGACGCCGGCUUGAAGAAGAUAGAGGUCGCUCAUCCUGAUGGUGACUUCCGGCUCACGAUCGUCAAUUCCUCUGUGCUCGAUCGGCCCCGCGCCCUGGCCCUCGUGCCCCAGGAGGGGGUGAUGCUCUGGACCGACUGGGGAGACCUGAGGCCGGGCAUUUACCGGAGCAACAUGGACGGCUCCGCUGUGCGCUCCCUCGUGUCCGAGGACGUGAAGUGGCCCAAUGGCAUCUCUGUGGACGAGCAGUGGGUCUACUGGACGGACGCCUACCUGGACUGCAUCGAGCGGGUCUCCCUCCGCGGCCAGCAGCGCUCGGUCCUCCUGGGCGGCCUCCCGCACCCCUAUGCCAUCGCGGUCUUCAAGAACGACCUCUACUGGGACGACUGGUCACAGCUCAGCAUCUUCCGAGCAUCCAAGCAGGGCGGGUCGCAGGUGGAGCUGCUGGCCAGCCAGCUCCCGGGGCUGAUGGACAUGAAGGUUUUCUACAAGGGGAAGACCACUGGGAGCAACGCCUGUGUGCCCAGGCCCUGCAGCCUGCUGUGCCUGCCCAAGGCCGACGGCAGCCGGAGCUGCAGAUGUCCAGAGGGCGUGGCGGGCACCCAGCUCCCGGCCGGGGACCUGCAGUGCGAGUGCCCCGGGGGCUACCAGCUGAAGAACAACUCCUGCGUGAAAGAAGAGAGCACCUGUCUCCGCAGCCAGCAUCGCUGCAGCAACGGGAACUGCAUCAGCAGCGUCUGGCGGUGUGACUUCGACGACGACUGCGGAGACCUGAGCGACGAGAGGAACUGCCCUACGACCGUGUGUGACCCGGAGACGCAGUUCCGCUGCCAGGAGUCGGGGACCUGCGUCCCGCUCUCCUACAAGUGUGACCUGGAGGACGACUGUGGCGACAACAGCGACGAGAGCCACUGUGAGACGCACCAGUGCCGGGAUGACGAGUACAACUGCAGCUCGGGCCUGUGCGUCCGCGCCUCCUGGGUGUGCGACGGCGACAAUGACUGCAGGGACUGGUCCGACGAAGCCAACUGCACGGCCGUCUACCACACCUGUGAGGCGUCCAACUUCCAGUGUCGCAACGGGCACUGCAUCCCCCGGCGCUGGGCCUGCGACGGGGACCUGGACUGCCAGGACGGCUCUGACGAGGACCCCGCCAGCUGCGAGAAGAGGUGCAACGGCUUCCGCUGCCCGAACGGCACCUGCCUCCCCUCCAGCAAGCACUGCGACGGCCUGCGGGACUGCGCGGACGGCUCCGACGAGCAGCGCUGCGAGCCCCUCUGCACCCGCUUCAUGGACUUCGUGUGCAAGAACCGCCAGCAGUGCCUGUUCCACUCCAUGGUGUGUGACGGGGUCGUGCAGUGCCGGGACGGCUCGGACGAGGACGCUGCCUUUGCCGGCUGCUCCCAAGACCCCGAGUUCCACAAGGAUUGUGACGAGUUCAGUUUCCAGUGUCAGAACGGCGUGUGCAUCAGUGUGGUCUGGAAGUGCGACGGCAUGGACGAUUGCGGCGACUACUCGGACGAAGCCAGCUGUGGGGAGGCCGCAGAAAGCCCCACCGAAGCCCCCAACUGCUCCCGCCACUUCCAGUUCCGGUGUGCGAACGGCCGCUGCGUCCCCAGCCGGUGGCGGUGCGACCGCGAGAACGACUGCGGGGACUGGUCCGACGAGGAGGCCUGUGUAGAUUCACAGGUUCUGCCCUCCCCCACUCCUUGGCCCUCCACGUGUCCACCGAAUUACUUCCGCUGCAGCGGCGGGGCCUGCGUGAUGGACAUCUGGGUGUGCGAUGGCUACCGGGACUGCGCGGACGGCUCGGACGAGGAAGCCUGCCCUUCGCCCGCCGGUGUUACUGCUGCCUCCGUGCCCACCCAGCUCGGGCAGUGUGGCCGGUUUGAGUUCGAGUGCCACCAGCCAAGGACGUGCAUCCCCAACUGGAAGCGCUGUGAUGGCCGUCGCGACUGCCCGGGAGGCCAGGACGAGGCCGGCUGCCCCACACGUGGUGCCCUGGCCUGUGCGAGCGGCGAGUUCCCAUGCGCGGACGGUGAGGCCUGCCUGCGGCCCUCGGAGCGCUGUGACGGCUUCCUGGACUGUGCGGAUGAGAGUGACGAGCAGGCCUGCAGCGAUGAACAGACUGUGUACAAGGUGCAGCACCUGCAGUGGACGGCCGACUUCUCUGGGGAUAUCACUUUGACCUGGAUGCGGCCCAAGAAGAUGCCCUCUGCUUCCUGUGUGUAUAAUGUCUACUACAGGGUGGUGGGGGAGAGCCUCUGGAAGACCCUGGAGACCCACAGCAACAAAACCAACACGCGGCUCCGAGUCCUGCAGCCGGACACCACGUACCAGGUGAAGGUGCAGGUGCAGUGCCUGAGCAAGGUGCACAGCACCAACGACAUCCUGACGCUGCGGACCCCCGAGGGGCUGCCCGAUGCCCCUCGGAACCUCCAGCUGUCCCUGCCCCGGGACGAGGAAGGAGCGAUUGUGGGCCACUGGGCCCCUCCCGCCCACAGCCAGGGCCUCGUGCGCGAGUACAUUGUGGAGUACAGCAGGAGCGGGUCCAGGACGUGGGCCUCCCAGAGGGCGGCGAGCAACGCCACGGAGAUCAGGAACCUGCUGGUCGGCGCUCAGUACACCGUCAGGGUGGCUGCGGUGACGAGCCGUGGAAUAGGAAACUGGAGCGACUCCAAAUCCAUCACCACCACACGGGGAAGAGGGAUCCCUCCUCCGGACAUCCACAUCGACGGCUGCACCGAGAGUUCUGUGAGCUUCACCCUGACCACGCAGAGCGACGUCCAGGUGAAUGGCUACGUGGUGAACCUCUUUUGGGCAUUUGACACUCACAGACAAGAGAAGAGGACUUUGACCUUUCGAGGGAGCAUGUUGUCCCACAAAGUGGGCAAUCUGACAGCGCAGACAUCAUACGAGAUUGCCGCCUGGGCCAGGACCGACCUAGGGGACAGUCCUCUGGCAUUCGAGCACAUCGUGACCAAAGGAGUCCGCCCUCCGGCUCCCAGCCUCAAAGCCAAAGCCCUUAACCAGACGGCUGUGGAAUGCACCUGGACUGGGCCCCGGGACGUGGUGUACGGCAUCUUCUAUGCCACGUCCUUCCUUGACCUCUAUCGGAACCCGAAGAGCUUGACGACUUCACUCCACAACAAGACGGUCACUGUCGGGAGGGACGAGCAGUACUUGUUUCUGGUCCGUGUGGUGGUGCCUUACCAGGGGCCGUCCUCGGACUCCGUGGUGGUGCGGAUGAUCCCGGACAGCCGGCUCCCGCCCCGCCACCUGCACACGGUGCGCACGGGCAAGACCUCCGCUGUGAUCAAGUGGGAGUCCCCUUAUGACUCCCCUGACCAGGACUUGUUGUACGCAGUCGCGGUCAAAGAUCUGAUAAGGAAGAGCGACAGGAGCUACAAAGUGAAGUCCGGGAACAGCACGGUGGAGUACACCCUGAGCAGGCUGGAGCCCGGAGGGAGGUACCACGUCGCUGUCCAGCUGGGGAACAUGAGCAAAGACGCCAGCAUAAAAGUCACCACAGUUUCAUUGUCAGCACCUGAUGCCUUAAAAAUCAUCACAGAAAAUGACCACGUCCUCCUGUUUUGGAAAAGUCUAGCUUUGAAGGAAAAGUAUUUUCAGGAGAGCAGGGGCUAUGAGAUACACGCCUUCGAUAACGCCAUGAACACCACGGCUUACCUCGGGAACACGACCGACAAUUUCUUCAAAGUCUCCAACCUGAAGCUGGGUCACAAUUACACGUUCACCGUGCGAGCCAGCUGCCUCCUGGGCAGCCAGCUCUGUGGGGAGCCGGCUGUGCUGCUCUUCGACGACUUGGGGUCAGGUGGGGAUGCGUCAGCGCUGCAGGCUGCCAGGGCUCCCGACGUGGCUGCCGUGGUGGUGCCCAUCCUGUUCCUGGUCCUGCUGAGCCUGGGGGUCGGCUUCGCCGUCCUGUAUGCCAAGCACCGGCGGCUGCAGGGCAGCUUCACCGCCUUCGCCAACAGCCACUACAGCUCCCGGCUGGGCUCGGCCGUCUUCUCCUCGGGCGACGACCUGGGGGAGGAUGACGAAGACACCCCGAUGAUAACUGGAUUUUCCGACGACGUCCCCAUGGUGAUAGCCUGAGAGAGCUCCUUUCCUCGCAAGAAACCAAAUGGUGUAAAUAUUUUAUUUGAUAAAGAGAGUUGAUGGUUUAUUUUAAAAGAAGCACUUUGAGUUGCAAUAUGUUAUUUUUAUACGGGCCAAAACCAAACAAACUGAAGAAGAAAGAAAGGAAUGAAUGAACUUUGUAGUAACAAUUGUGAACGUCAGGCGCGUUGGCUUUGGCCGCCCGACGGCUUUGAUGCGGUGUGAUGUCGGCUUGCAGGGCUGUGAGAUGACUCUGGUUGCGUAAAUCGCCAUCUUUUAUUUUUCUAAGACACAUAAAUGCAUUUGAUAAACAGGUCAGGAGAGUGGCGAGUGGAGUCCCUCCUCAUGGAAAGGAAGCUCCGUAUUUUGGAUUUCGUUUGGGUUUAGUGUGUGAACGUUUGGUGGGAAGAUUCUGUUAUGUCUUUCUGUUAACUUAUUGGGACUCUGCAUGAGGUGGCGCGAGGGCCACCUGACACCUCGGCGAGGAGCCCACAGUGCGAGGGCAGGAGCAGAAGCUGUUUGCCGUGGGGAACAGCCCAGUUUUGUUCCCUGUGGACAAGGAGGGCCCGGAGGGCGCCUGAGGCCUCGCCCCUUCCACCCGUGAGCAGCAGCUCCCCGUGACCAGCUGGAUCGCGCUGCACCACCCACUCCCUGCAGGCCUGGCUUCCAGAGCGCGGUGAGGACUGCGUGGGUGGUCGCUGCAGCGGCCGCUCCGGGUGGGAGAGCUGCAGCUCCGUGCCCAUGCUUCUGUUUUGUCGUCAUGUGUCGCUGACGCGUCUCCAAUGUCCAGUUCUGUGUGUGUCGGAACGGCCACUCCCUGUCCUCCAGGGUCUACACUGAUCUAUGCAGUCAUUUGAACUGGCCAGUGCCUUCUCUUCUUCCUUUCCUUCCCCCUCCCCAUGUCUCUGCUGGUCUAAGGGGUUCCAGAGAUCUGGGCGCCUGUGAUUGGAGGCCGUCCAGUCCCAUCACGCGGCAGGGCUGCUCUCGGUGAAAUGCCCGGGAUUGUGUUCUUUAGAUGCCACCCCGGUAUCCAAAUUGUGGCAACUCGGCAGGUGUGUGGACCCAUGGCGGACGGGUCCACCAUCCGCUGGAAUGUUGUGGGGACUCCUGCUGUGGGAGCCCACACAGACCACCCUCCCCAGGGGCAGGAGCCGGCCGCCCAGGGGCCCUCGUACCCCAGCUGCACAAACACCUUUCCUCUCAGAUGCAACGCACCGCCUUCCCCCACGUGUUGCUUUCUUUUAACCAAAACAACCAUCCUUGGAUUAUAACAUAGAUUCCUUCUAUGUAGGGAUUGUUUGGAAAACAAAGAGCAAAUGAAAUUGUAGUUUAAGAAUACACAGGGUGGGGCAAAAGUAGGUUUACAGUUGUUCAUCUGGGAAACGUACAGUAAUUAAUAAGCAGUGAUGGAAGAAUGAGCUGUUCCCACACAGCUGUGGGCCUGCCUCUGCCCCGCUCCGUGCUUGUAUUUUGGGUGAGGAAUGUUUCAGCUGUAGACGUUCACUCUGUCCGUGGGAAGGCGCGUCUGCUCUAACACGUGGUAAGGAGGAGCCUCCUCCGCCUGUUUUCUCUUCUUUCUGUCUUUCCUCUGUUAUUGUUUGAAGAUUGGCCUUUCUUUCCCGUGACUUACCUUGAAGUUCUGCAAAACUGCAAGCCCAGCCUCCCAGCCCCCAGUCUCCUUGAGUAGCGGCAAGAGGAGCCCACGGGGGACGCGUACCGGUCAGCAGGGCUGGUAACCGCGGCGGCUGCUGCGAGAGGCGCUGCACCUUCAUUUUCAGUCGCUCCGCAGGCCGCCUCUUCUCCGCUCCAGGGCGCCUGGGGGAGCUCUGAGGACCCAGUCUGCUGACCAGCGCCUCCUGGGAGCCCGCCGCCCCAAGACUGGCCGCCUCGCCUCUCCCUCGUGGCAGGAGGGGAGAGAGGCCGCGUGCCGUAUGAGAAAGCAGCCUUAGGGUGGGCUGUUCAUGCAGACGCGGAGCUGAGUCCCGAAGAAGAGCUCAACGGGCGCUACGUGCCAAGUAUCUAUUCUUACAAACAUUUGAGGGGUGCACUCUUCCUUCCCUCCGCACAGCUUCUGGGGUUGGGGGACAUGUGCUGUCCGCUAGAGCCAGAGGCGGAGUGAGUGGGAGAUGGGGAGAUAGAAGCAAAAGCUGUGGGCGCCCUUGGGUGGGGCCCGGCCGCUGUGUGCACUGGACCAGUCGGAGCCCUGGCUGUCUGUGACCUCGCUGGAGAUGCCACCUGAACGUUCGCCACGAAGGGAAGAGGGUUGUUCUCCCGGGGCCUGAGAACUUUCUAGAAGUGCACUCUGCGUGAGCUGCGAUGGACCACUAACGCGCCACUGGCACUCGGCAGCCAGGUGAGUGUGUGCACAUUUCCUCCGGACGCUGGCUUUGCCCGUCUGUGUUGCACGCCCGGAGCCUUGAGACCUGGGUUCAUGCAGACACGGGAGCGUCGGUCUCCUGGGUCCCGGUAGAAGCCAUGCUGUGCAGCCUGCUUCCAGGCUCGGAGGAGCGCAGGGGUCCCGGCCGCCGAGGGCAUGUUAUGCUGCGUGGAAACAUCUGCCUGGGGAGGAAGGGCUCCUGGGCUUCCGUGUUGGCGGUGCUGCGAGAGGCACUUGGGGGGCAGAUGUGGGGCACACGACCACGUGCUCUGCCCACUGGGGUGCUCCCCUAGGUUGGGCUUCACUUGAUUUUGGGAGGGUCUGGGGUGAGUGAUGGUGUGCAAGGCCCUCGUUCCCCAGGGAGAUCCAGCCCCACUUCAUGCCCAUCAGGGCCUCGGGGCAACCGCGACCCGCUGGGGCCCCCGUGAGUCCCUGCAAAGGCCUUUCUUCCUCUGCCGGGGCUGGGAGGCCCUUCAGAGAGAGCCCGGGUCACGUGAGCAAACCGAGUGCCACCUCCGCUCGGUGUGGCCGAGGCAGAGUCUGCCCUUGGGCUGGGGGUGCGUGCUGCCCUCGGGGCGUGUCUGUGAUCAGCCAUGCGUUUAGCUUCACGGGAGACUUUCUGUGCAGACAGACUGCCGGUGCGAGGACGGUAGACGAGUUUUGAGAAGGUUGCGGGAGAAGAGGCUUCCGUGUGGGCUGCUCACUGAUUCAUCACAACCAAAUGGCCUAAGCACGGCACUGUCAUGUGGCAGCGCAUUGGGGUGAGAGUCUGGGCCACGCGGUGGCCGUCUUCUCAGAGAGGCCACGUCAUUUCCUUGUUAUGAAUUAGGAACUUUACGCAAAAUCAAAAGUCUUCGCAGCAAAAUAAAGGUCUAAUCUCUUACUUAAAGUGAAAUGCUGUGUGCUUGUUUCUCUCCAAAGUGAAAAAAGGCAUUUAUGGUUUCAACUGCCUUGAUAAGUUUCCAAAUCACUGAUGUAUGCUGAAGAUUUUCCUAUAUUGUUGCACAAUUUUAAGAUAAUUUUUGUCUCAAUAUCAACUUUUUUCAAUGAAUAAAAAUUGAACUGGGUCAAGAAAA